CUGCAUUAGUCUUUGCUGUUUUCUACUCCAUGUAUCAUAGUUCUGAUGACCCACUUCAUGCAGGGAUGGAAGUUUCACUGACAUGGUUUUGGCCUAACAAUCCAGAAGCCACAUAUUCAGCGACUGCCAUCUGUUAAUUUGUUCACAAGCCCAAGAAAAAUGACCAUGAAAGCAAAGCAGCUUCCUUGCUAUAAAAUUAUUGAGAUACUCUCAUGUCAUUGAGGGAAGGGAAGCUGUUUUCCCUACCCAGACUAGAUUUCAGGGUAAAUUCCUUCCCAAAUUAUGCAGCCAUUGUAAAUACAGCAAUUUAUCCAUCCUCCUUAGUGUAAGUGAAAGUGUGCUAAGUUUUAGUGCACUUUUAAGUGGCUGGAUUUCUUAAGGUCUCGCAAACUGACCAGCUAAGGUAUCUAUAAUAGAUGGAAGUGAUAAUUGGAUCUUUGAUCUGAUGCGUGUUGCUGUUCAAAAGCAUCAGGUUCCAGAUGUAACACAAGUGAAGUUAAGGAUAGGGCCCCACCUGCUGGUCAAGUUGAUAAAGAUGUGAACUGAAUAACACGGAGGAGAUCAGCAAGCCUUGCAUUUCGAGUGGAAAGCGGAAUAGGAUUCUUGCUUCCAGUUACUAUCAUUGAUAUACGUGUGUGAAUGUGUACAUGAGACUGUCUUUUGCGUCUUCAGUCGAAUCCGAUGGAAAAUAGUACUGGAAAUAUUUGCAAGCUCUUGGUCAGAUAUCAGGUGAUGGGGUGGUUGGUCCUACAUAGCGAGAGGAUUUAUGGCCUCCCAUAACCCAGAUGAUGUAGUGGCGUGACCUACACUCUGGACCUGAUGCUUCCACUGGGUGUCACAUCUGAAUUCUGAGCUGGAGCUCUGGUUUCCCUUUACCACAAAUCCCUGGACUGGAAUCUGAAGGCUGCAACUUCCAGGAGGUGUGAAAGCUGUCAUAGAGCUUAAAGCUGUCUCCUGUGGACAUGAUGUGGAGGUGUCGAUGUAGGACUACACCUGACGGAGGGGCUGCGGUCUGAAACUUGUGUGAUUCCAAAUAAACCUGUUGAACAUGUCCUGUGGACAUGCAUAAGAAUGGGCUCGUAGCCUUAACUGUGAUCCUCACAAUGGUCAAAUAGUUGAGCUACUAGGUCAAACGACUUGGUGCAUCGUGAAAGCUCCUUGAAUUCCAGUUACUGCAAAUACACAACUUUCUGUCUGAUUUUUGCAGUUCUGUGUAAAAGUUCCAGAGGGAAUGAAAAUGCCCCGUUCCUGGUGAUAAACAGUGGCUUAUUUUUGUUCAUGCAAAGAGCCAUGUAUGAUAAUGGCAAGUUGGUGGAUGGCUGACACCGCUGGGGCCAGCGAAGAGCUAACACUUUUAACAAAGGAGGAUAGUAAAAUCAGUGAAGGAACCAGUCAUUCAAAAAUCCUGAAAGCACUUCAGAGAAACGAGGCGGCUGUAGAAAACAACUAGAAUGACUGAGCAAACAGAAUGAUAGUUUAUGAGGAACAGUUAACUAUGUUGGGCACAUUCUUGCUGGUAAACGGAAGGUUGUGAGGUGAUCCAUGGAUCAUAAUUGCAAUACAGUCAUAAAUCAAAUAUAGAAUUCAGAAUUCAUUAUGUAGAGAAUUGUUAGAAUGUGAAACCAGGUGUAGUGGAGAUGAAUCACAUCACCCCAUUUAAAGGAAAGCUCGGUAAGGACAGAAGUGCAAACAUUUAGAAGGAUAUGGCCAUUGAGUGAGCUGCAGAAUUGUUGGAGGAGGCUUGUGUGUGUAGCAUAAACACUGGUGUGGAACUUUUGGAUGAAAUGAGCUGAUUCACUGCUAUUAAUUCCUUGUAACUUUUGAAGGGGGCUGAAGAAAGCAAGACCUCUCCUUGUGCAUGAAUCUGCCAUGUAUUACAACAUGACUGACCUUCUAAACUGAGCUUAUCCCAGAGCCAAGAAAAUGCUAUACAAAGGGACUCUCUUGGAAAUAACCUCUUCAAACUUCCUGCCGUUGCUGCUGGGUAGUGUGGGCCUUAUUAUUUUAUUCAGGCUGCUGCAGAGCAUGAAGGACCGAGCAGUAGUUCAAGAUGCUGUGGUGGUGAUAACAGGAGCGAGCUCUGGCCUCGGUAAAGAUUGCGCCAGGGUUUUCCAUGCAGCUGGUGCUAGGCUGGUGUUGUGUGGGCGGAACAAGCAGAAGCUGGAGGAACUUGUGACGGAGCUAACCGGGAUGGUGGCUAACAAAAGAAAGACACACACGCCUCACAUUGUGACCUUUGACCUGGCUGACUUGGACACAGUGAACAGCAGCGCACAGGAGAUUCUCAAUUGCUUUGGCCAAGUGGACAUUCUCAUUAAUAAUGCAGGGAUCAGUUACCGAGGCAACAUCCUGGACACUGCCAUAAGUGUUGAUAAAGAUGUGAUGAACACCAACUAUUUUGGACCAGUUGCUUUAACAAAAGCCAUUCUGCCUUCCAUGGUGCAGAGAAGAAGUGGACAUGUCGCAGUGAUUAGUAGUGUCCAAGGGAAAAUAGCAAUCCCAUUUCGAUCUGCUUAUGCAGCAUCUAAGCAUGCUACCCAAGCCUUCUUUGACUGUCUACGUGCAGAGGUGGAGCAGUAUGGAGUUAAGGUGACUAUAAUAAGUCCAGGAUAUAUCCGCACCAACCUUUCAUUGAACGCAGUGACUGGGAAUGGAUCCAAGUAUGGCGUGAUGGACAAGAAAACAGCAGAAGGCUACGAACCUCGCGUUGUUGCUGAAGCUGUCCUCACGGCUGUGUGCAGGGGGAGGAAGGAUGUCCUGCUAGCUGGAUUACUGCCAACAGCCGCAGUUUACUUGCGAACUUUGAUUCCGAGUCUCUUCUUUCCUAUUAUGGCAGCCCGAGCUAAGAAAGAGCGCAAGAUGAAGGAUAAUUAACCUUGUCCUGGGUCCCCUAACUCAUCUUUUUCCUCCAUGAACAUUACUGUUAAGGCUUGUUGGUGCCAUUCUUUAGCAACUGGGUACCACUGCUGACUGCUGAACAUUUGUUUCCAAAUAUAUCUCCUGAACUUUUUUUUUUGAAACUGCUGAAAUCAGGGUAAAUUAAUAUUAAGCAUGAGAUCAAAAAAACCUUUCAAAACCUACAUUGUGGAUAAAUAAAAGCAGAACAAAUAUACAGUAUAACAUUGUACUCACAGCUCACCAAGUUUAAUGUCAGUGUGAAGCUGAAAAUACUUUGCACAGAUGUUGAACUUGAACCACAAGCAGGUGGGAACAUCCAAACCUGGUCCAAAGUGGAGUGGACUGAAACUAUAUCCUUCAGAGGAUCUUACUCCACCUUGUUCUGUUGUCAUGUCUGGUCCAGAAAGCAGAGUCAGAUUGAGUUUGAGUUGUAACUACAGCCUCAGUGAAACCCCUUGUUGAAUGCAUCUGUAGUUAUAAAUGUGUAAAUCUGUUUACAAAAUUUCAAUGUAUUACAUUUCUGUGAAACAAAUAAAGAUAAUGGAUAAAAGAUUGAUAUUUAAGGAGCA